AUGGCGAUCAUAUCUACCGCUCUGCGCACCUUCAAGGAGCCCACCAAAGAUGAGCUGACUGAAAUGUUCUUCUCGAUACCGCCGAGGAAAGACGCGCUGGCGUCUAUGAGCGAGAAGGCGCGCCAAGAGGAGGAAGAUGUGGAGAAGAUGGACAUCAACGCGGUACUGAGCUUGGGCACGCCCGGGGAGGAGGACUCGUAUGCUGGUAAACUGCACGUCAUGCACCCUUACCUCUGCUUCGCGUCGUUAGAUCGCAAGAGCGUGCGGUUUACGAUCCCAUUAUCCACCAUCCGCCGCGUCGAGCGGCUGAACGCGAGGGCGGGCAUCUACGCGCUCAGCCUCACAACAUGGCACGGGAUGAAGAUCAUCGUCCAACUCACCUCUCUCCGACCAACGGCAGAUCUCUUCUGCGCCCUCCUGCGCGACUCGCUCAAGCUCGAGCUCGAGCGCGGCCAGAUGAAGCUCGUCAAGUCCUUCGCCAAGACGUGCUACUCGGAGGUGCUCAUAAACUCAGGAUCCACCGCACCAGAAAACGAGCACGAGGAUGGCAGCCUGAUACAGGAGAAGGAUGGCGGAAGCUCGAGCGCGCCUGCGUACCACGGCGGACUGGGCCUCAAGUUUAAGUUUCCGGGUGACCCUCGCAAGUUACGUGAAGCAUCUAAAAUCAAACUCUGGACUGCCUACUUGAAGACCCAUGGACGCAACCUCACUCUCAUGCGCUACCCGCAAGCGACGCGACUAGUGCAGGUCGGCCUGCCGAACCGCCUGCGCGGCGAGAUGUGGGAGACGCUCUCCGGUUCGAUUUACCUCCGCUUCGCCAACCCAGGCUACUACGACCGCAUACUGGAAGAGCACAAGGGCAAGACAUCGACGAGUACCGAAGAUAUCGAGAAGGACUUGCAUCGCAGUCUACCGGAGUACUCUGGCUAUCAGUCCGAGGAGGGUAUCGCAGCGCUACGAAGGGUCUUGCAAGCGUAUUCAUUCAAGAACCCGGAGCUGGGCUACUGCCAGGCGAUGAAUAUUCUCGCAGCUGCCAUACUAAUAUAUAUGUCCGAAGAGCAGGCUUUCUGGUUACUGGAGGUUCUAUGCGACCGGCUAUUGCCGGGCUACUAUGCCCCGUCGAUGCAUGGCACGCUUCUGGACCAGCGAGUCUUUGAAGCUCUGGUUCAGCGAUGCUUACCCAUAAUCUACGACCACUUCCGGACAGUCGAUGUCCAACUCUCGGUAGCGUCCUUGCCAUGGUUCCUUAGCUUGUUCAUCAACAGCAUGCCAAUGAUCUUCGCGUUCCGGAUUGUCGACUGUUUCUUCUGCAUGGGGCCCAAGGUCCUCUUCCAACGCUCUCUUGACUCUGCGUUAGCAAUCCUCAAGAUCAACGGCGAGGCCCUGCUCCAGAUCCAGGACGACGGCCAGUUUUUGAACCUGAUGCGCGACUACUUUGCCUCCCUCGGCGACUCGGCGCACCCCGACUCGCCCGACCCGCGAGCGCGCGCGAUUACCCGCUUCCAGGAACUCCUGCUCGUCUCGUUCCGCGAGUUCUCGGUCAUCACGGACGAGAUGAUUCACUCGGAGCGCAAGCGGUUCCGCAACGACAUCAUCCACUCGAUUGAGUCCUUCGCCAAGCGCGCCGCGAUCCGAAACCUGCGCUCGCUGGGCCGGUUCUCGAAGGAGCAGGCAGGGCUUAUCUACGACGCCCUCUACAAGGCGAUGUGCAUCGUGCCGCCCCCGCCCGCGGUCGCGCCGCCGCCGAAGCUGCUGACGACGGCGAAUGAGCAGCAGGAGGAGAAGCCGGAGACGAGGAUUCAGCUGAGGACGUUCCAGUAUUUCCUGAGCGAGAUUGCGACGUGGGCGAGGGAUGAGAAGAUUGUGAUGAAUGGCUUGACGCAACGGAUAGAUCGGGAGGUGGCGGAGCAUGAGUUUAUUGACAGGCUCUUUUUCUUCUGGGAUACGGCGUGCCGGGGGGCAUUGUCGUUCCAGGAUAUCAUAUCCGGAUUGGACGGUGUUAUGUUCAACGACUUGAUGGAGAACAUCGAAUGGUUCUUCAACUUGCAUGACAAGAACAAGGACGGCUACUUGACGAAGGACGAAGUGCUCACUUUGUCAGAAUCCUUCUUGUUCAUCUUCCGCUUUGAAGUUGGCGAUGCGUACCUAGGGGCUGUUAGCCGAUUCAUGACGAACGCCUUUGAGUAUGGGGAUGCUUUGUUACCGCGACCUGAAGGUGCUGAGGACGGCGAGGCGACGCCGACAAUAUCACCGAACCAGCCGUAUCUUAACCUCGCAACCUUCCGCAUGGUCGUCCUUGCCGACGAGAUCCUCGAGUCCUUCUUCGAAACCGACCUCUCCGCCUCCUUCCGCCUCGAGCCCAUGCCCGAGAUGGAGCUCCCCACCUCGCACAGCGGCCUCCUCGGCGACAUCUGGUCCUCUAUCGCUACCGACAGCAACAAGAAGAUCUUUAACAAGUUCACCGACGAACUUGGGAAGACGAUCGGGAAGCACCAGGUCAUACACAAGCCGUCGAUCGGGCGGUACACGAAGCUCGAGGAGCCGAAGGCGAGGGAAAGCCUCUUGACGCCGGGAUUACGGAAAUCACUGUCGAGGUCGAGUUUGUCGCCCAUUGCGAGCGCGUCGUCGACGUCGUUGCAUGGCGGCAGUCAGGGCGAGAGGUCGCGGCCGACGACACCAACGACGCCGGUGCCCGAGGCGGAGGCGCCAAGUGCGAACGUGGGCUUCUCGCCGCUUGUGCAGGCGGCGAAUGCGGCGCUGAUGGAGCGGCCGGCCUUCGCGAUCGACGACGCGAAGGACGAGGAUGAAGGAGAGGACCAGUUCGCGGUGGGGGAUGCGGACGAUACGGUUAUGGACGAGGUCGACGCGUUCUUGGAAGCGCACGAUUCUGGUUUGACGGAUGCGGACAAGGAGGUGGCGAAAGGUACGUGGUUGUGUCCUGCAUUUGAUAUGAUGUUGACACCACUGCGCUUCAGACUUAUUGAACGCCGAACCUAUGAAGUAGAUGUGGUAGUUAUGAGACUCGGACACGUCAAGUAUACUUUGUUCUCUUUUGGUAGCUUUGCAUUUAUUCACUCGAUUGAGUCCUCGAUGUUGGUGUAUCUUUUUGGAAGUCCAUUGGCGUUUGGGGCUGCGCUGCUCUGGGCUUACAUGAGUACUAGGUGA